AUGUCUUCUCGUUUCUCUGAAGCUGACAUCAACUUGAUCAUAGAUGAAAAUACCAAGUACCCUGAACAAGUGUGGUAUACGAUCGCCGCCUUUCUCUUCGUAGUCGGCUGCUUCCAGUGGGGUUUAUUCCUUCACUCCAAGUUCGCCAGGCGGCGCGGACACCAUGGGUCCGACGAAGAAGCGACUAUCGCCAAUGGCGUUCAUCAGAAAAUUUCUCUUCGUCGAAUUCCGCUUGUGAUCAUAAAUUUCUAUCGCGUUAUUGCCUUCCGAUGGACACUAGAAAUAGGGCGAUCUUAUACCCUCAACAUGGCAGAGGUUUUUGUGACUGUGGCAUACAUCGCCCUUUUGUUAAUCUAUGCCUUCAUUAACACAACCUCAGUUGAAGGUCAGAAGCUUGAUAUCACCUACUGGUGCAACCGCAUAGCCAUACUGGCGUCCAGUCAGUUUCCCAUUGUCACGGCUCUUGGCACAAAGAACAAUAUCGUGUCUUUGGUUACAGGCAUCAGCUACGAUAGGCUCAAUUAUAUCCAUCGAAUGAUGGCUAGGACAUGCUUCAUGCUACUUUGGGUACAUGCGGCGGGUGAAAUUGUAUCAUAUCCCUCCUUCCAAGAGACUUUGAGCGAGGCAUGGCUUCGUGGCGGUAUCACUGCCAUGGUUGCUUUCUCCAUUCUGAUCUUAGUAUCGCUGCGUCCCGUUCGCGCUGAAGCCUACGAGGUCUUCUUCUACGUCCACUUCCUUGGUGUCGGUAUAUUCCUGGUGGGAGGAUAUUUCCACACCCAAGGUGCUCACGGGUCGUACUGGAUAUGGCCCUCAUUUGUGUUCUGGGCUUUCGAUCGCUUCGUCCGGAUGGUUCGACUUGUUGUAUUCAAUCACUCUUACUUCGGCUUCAAGUCAGGAACUGGGACAAUGGACGCAGAGACAGAACUGCUUUCUGAAGAUGUCAUUCGAUUGCGUCUACGUCGACCCCCGCAUUUCCAUUGGUCCCCAGGACAAACGGCAUAUCUAAUCAUGCCCUCAGUUUCGACACUGCCAUUCGAAGCGCACCCUUUUACUAUUGCGAGUUUUGAUUCUAGUCUCCUGUCAACCGUAUCAGCAGAUGAUCAAUCCAGCGGUGAGGUUCUGGGAUCUAGCGUUCCAUUCUGGAAGGAGCUGGUAUUUUUCAUUAACGUGCAAGGAGGGUUUACGAAAAAGCUAAAGGAGGUAGCUGCCAAAAAGGAAACUGUCAAGGUUUUUGUAGAUGGUCCUUAUGGCCCAUCUCCUGACCUCGGUUCUUACGACACCUCUGUAUUGGUGGCAGGCGGAUCUGGUGUCUCAUAUACCCUCCCGGUCUUCCUCAACGUUAUUGAACGCGUGCGCAAAGGGAAAAGCUCUUGCACACGCAUAGUGUUCAUUUGGUCAAUUCGCGGGGCGGAAUCUGUCCAAUGGAUUGAAGAAGCACUUAUCAAGGCUGUUCAGCUUGCUCCGCCAUCUUUGACAGUCUCUAUUCGCAUCUUUAUCACCGCUUCUUCACCCACGCCGCAAUCUCACUUGUCCAGGGAGAGCAUUUCAAGUUCAACUGAGAAGAAAGGCAGUCCCGCUCAUGUGAUAAUCAAGAGAAAUUCCUUAUCUCUCUCAUUCUUGUCACUGCGCGGGGUUAAGAUGGACACUGGAAGACCGAAUCUAGAUACACUGCUCAAAGAAGAAGUCGGUGUGACCUCGGGGAGGAUGUCGGUGAGCGGCUAUAGCACGCUCGGUCCGACAUGCACUUCGCUUCCCGGUCUCGGGGCCUUCCAGUAUUCUCAGUGGUGGACCGAGCGUGACUUUGCACGUCGAAUCGUUCGGAUACGCGUGAUAGACCCCUCUUCUCAACCUUCGUAUUCACUUUAUGCAUGA